GCAUGCGCAGUGCGGCUGCCGUUGCACAAACACCAUGACAGCUGCGGAGCGCGAGCUGCUUCAUUAAAGAAAAGAAAACAAAACCUCGGGGGCGAUUUAAAUCGAAAAUAAUCGGAGAAGCCGGAGCGGUGCGGGCCUUCCUUCCCCCCAUAGGGGGGAGGGAAACACCGGGACCGAUGAACCUGGCCAGUCAGAGCGGGGAGGGCGGCAGCAGCCUGCUUCUCUUCGCCAACUUCAACCAGGACACCACGUCCCUUGCUGUUGGCACCAAAUCUGGUUACAAGUUUUUCUCACUUUCAUCGGUGGAUAAAUUAGAACAGAUCUAUGAAUGCACUGACACAGAAGAUGUAUGUAUUGUGGAACGACUGUUUUCCAGCAGUCUAGUAGCUAUUGUGAGCCUUAAAGCACCCAGAAAGUUGAAGGUUUGUCACUUUAAGAAAGGAACAGAAAUCUGCAACUACAGUUAUUCCAAUACAAUCCUGGCAGUCAAACUAAAUAGACAGAGAUUGAUAGUAUGCUUGGAAGAGAGUUUAUACAUUCACAAUAUCCGAGAUAUGAAAGUACUGCAUACCAUCCGAGAAACGCCACCAAACCCCACAGGACUAUGUGCACUUUCCAUUAAUAAUGAUAAUUGCUACCUUGCAUACCCUGGGAGUGCAACAAUUGGGGAGGUACAGGUCUUCGAUACUAUCAAUCUGAGAGCUGCAAAUAUGAUCCCAGCUCAUGACAGUCCCCUUGCUGCUCUGGCAUUUGAUGCAAGUGGUACGAAACUGGCAACAGCCUCUGAAAAGGGAACAGUAAUCCGAGUGUUCUCCAUUCCAGAGGGUCAGAAACUCUUUGAAUUCCGAAGGGGAGUUAAGAGGUGUGUGAGUAUUUGUUCACUAGCAUUCAGUAUGGAUGGAAUGUUCCUGUCUGCAUCCAGUAACACAGAGACGGUACAUAUCUUCAAACUGGAGACACAAAAAGAAAAACCACAGGAAGAGCCAACCACGUGGACUGGUUACUUUGGGAAGGUGCUCAUGGCUUCCACUAGUUAUCUACCUUCUCAGGUCACUGAGAUGUUCAACCAGGGCAGGGCAUUCGCAACAGUUCGACUGCCAUUCUCGGGGCACAGAAAUAUCUGUGCAUUGGCAUCAAUUCAGAAGAUUCCUCGACUAUUGGUAGCAGCAGCCGAUGGUUAUCUCUACAUGUAUAACUUGGACCCACAAGAAGGAGGCGAGUGCACACUAAUGAAACAGCACAAGCUAGAUGGUAGCGUGGAGCCAGCCAAUGAGAUUCUGGAGCCUUCACCACACGAUCGGCCGUUAGUGUCUCAGACAUAUAGUUCACCUGCUGCCAAAGUUACUUAUACCCCUUCGUCGCCAACAAGACAUGCCUACCCGGAGGACCAAGGAGCAGUGGGCGGAGUUGAACCAGAUGACGAUUUGAAUAUUGGCACACUGCGAUUAGAUGAGGACAAUGAGACCCCUCCCCUGAUUCUUAAGAGCGAGUGACCUUUGACUUGUGAACUGGCACAUGUUGGCAGAGAACACUUGCAAUUGACUGUAUUGUGAUGCUGCUACAGACUUUCAUCGUUGCAGGACAGAAAGUGAAGAAAAAUAUGAAAGGAAAAUUUUAAAGAAAAUUGUAGCUGUAGCUUAAUUCUAUAAUAUUGGAUAAAAAAUAUAUUGUUUUUUUUCCCCCAGUGGCUUUUAAUUCCUGUAAAGAAUUAGAGUAAGUAUGUCUUUUUUCCCUUUUCUGGCCAAAAACAGCUGCCUGAUGCAGCCCUGGAGCCUUUUAGCUUUGCGUGUAUACAUGUGCCAAGAGUUGAGAGUUUAGAAGCCAUUAUAAUGUUGCCAGUCUAGCUGUUUUCCCAUUGACUUCAUCUUUUUGUUUUUGUCACCCAAACGAAAAGAUUACUGGACCUUUUUGUUCCUCCAUCCAGGGAAAUAGGUUUCUAAAGAGUUGUAAGGUAGCAACCCCACCCAAUCCAAUUUUUAAAAAUAAAACAUUCUUUCUUUCCUCCUGUAUUUAGAAUUUAUUGAAAGUUUGUUUGUUGAGCUGCUUCAAAUUUCAAUCUUUUGGGGGAAAUUGGUGACUUUUUAAGAAAAAACUUGCUCCAAACAGGGACAGUUCAUUGAGUGUGACACUAAGAAUGAUCUCAACUUAAUCCUAAGGGUUUAAAUAUUGAGUGAAUAUUUGUAAUUUACUCUGAAAAUAAAAGCUGGUAUCCCACAUGUUUUUGAAU